GGGUUGUCGUAAUGGCUGGGGCUUACACCUGAUAGUUCCCUUCUGUGCUGUGCGCGCUGCUUUACAAACGUUACAUCAACGACCCUGAUGCAGGAGUGACCAGACUACACCGUGGACCUGUACCUGCGUCAGCGCUGGCUGGAGCUGAGGUUCCUCAACAACACUCUGACGCGGCCGCUGGACCUCAACGACCCCAUACUCGUCAAGAUGCUGUGGAAGCCCGAGGUUUACUUCCCCAACGCCAAGGACUCCGACUUCCAGUACGUCACUGUACCAAACGUCAUGCUGAGGAUACACCCUGAUGGCAGCAUCCUCUACAUCCUGAGAUUGAAGCUGACCUUCUCGUGCAUGAUGGACCUCUCCAGCUUCCCCCUCGACCACCAGACCUGUUACAUCCAGAUCGCCAGCUUCGUCAAGACCACGCGGGAGCUGGAGCUUGUGUGGUACGAGCACACGCCGAUCAAAAUGUAUAAGAGACUGAAGCUACCCCAGUUUGAGAUGAAGGAGAUCAGAGUGGACUCCUGCAACCAAUCCUUCCACAUUGGUAACUACAGCUGCCUGCAAGCGGUGUUCGACCUGCGUCGCAACAUCGGGUACCACCUGGUACAGUCCUACCUGCCCACCUCCCUGAUCGUGGUGGUGUCCUGGGUCAGCUUCUGGCUCGACGUCGACGCCAUACCCUCGCGCGUCACCCUCGGGGUCACCACUCUCCUCACCGUGUGCUCCGAGUCCACUUCCUUCAGGGACAAGAUGCCCACAGUGUCGUACGUGAAGGCUCUGGACAUCUGGAUGGGGUCGUGCACAGCUUUCGUGUUUCUAGCACUGGUGGAGUUCACCGUUGUCAAUCACAUCGCACGCCAUCAUCGCCGCUUCCUGUUCUGGGGCUCAGUUUACGGCCAGCCAGCAAUAUCCCCCCAAAGUUCCACUCCUCACCACCACCAUCACCCCACAUCCCUCGGCAGGCUUUCCUCCACCGAGUGCCCCACCCACGGCUCUAUCUACGCCUGCGUCAGAGCUGCCUCUCAGGGUGGCCAUGCAGUCACCCUCAUGCAACGACAGGAUGCCAGUAAACACGUUCGCAAGAAAUCUACCAUAUCGCUGACGGUGGAAACCAGAAGAGCCGAGGACGAGCAGAAGCGGCGCAGGAACAGCAGUGGUGGGGAGACCCGUCAGAGAGAGGAUCUGGUUGCUGGCGCCUCGAGCUGUGGUCAUGCUCCUGACGUGUACCGCGUGACUAGCGGCGGUCAUGCCGCUGAGGCAAGCAGUGAGGACCUCAAUGACGACCUUGACCCCGGUGUGUGCUCGCGCGCUCUCAGUGACGUGGGCCUAGCGUGCCUGCCGUCGCUGUGGCGUCAGGAAGCUGUGCUUGCCAAGAGGAUUGACAAGACGUGCAGGGCGCUCUUCCCAGCUCUCUUCAUCUUGUUCAACCUCGUCUACUGGCUUUACUAUCAAGUCUUUACCUGAUGACUCGUCCAGUCAGUCUGAUCCAACUACCGGCUUCCAGAUUACUCAACGACCUUCCAUAAAGAUGAUAGUUGCGCAUGCUGAAUGUUCAAAAUAAAUUAUGUACAGGGGUGAUUUUUCACUAAUUUUUAAUAUUAUAUGCCCAAGGCCAAGUAAGUAAUUAUCAAAAGAAGGCACCAAGCCCGUUAGACUAUGUAGCACCAUCAAAU